AAUUAGGCUACUUUAUUUAGGAUUUAGUGCUGGAGUAGCCUUAAACUUCUGGCACUUUGUAUAGUAGGAAUUCUUCCUCUUCCCUACUAGUGACUCAAGUUAUGUUUUGUAAACAAGGCCGAGUGAGCGCCAGAAACAUCUGCAGGACAAGUGACAGGUCCACGAAUCUCGUGGACAACUUUCAUAUAUUAAUGACGCCAUUAAAGCUUGAGACUCGACGGAUUAAAAAUAACGAUCAGACUCCACGCUGGUGUGGAGUUUGCGAAAAUAAAGAUACACGUGUGAAAUUCUGUAAGGGGCGAGAUGACGCCAUAGUUACCCUUGUGGAAGCGCAUGGCGGGGUGGAAACCUGCACCAUUGAGAUAGCAGUGGGUAGAGAAAGUGUCUGUGUUGAAGAAAAUUUCCAAAGCAGAUCUCACAGAAUUGUGCGAGAAGGUGGUGAACGGAUUCAACUUCAGUCAAGCCAUCGCUUACGUAAGCAUACUAAUGUGACCCUGACAAAAAGGCUGCGCCCGACUUCCAUGAGAUCGGUCUCGCCACGGUGCACAAGAAGCAGGCGCAAAGAAAGAGCUGCAAGAAAAGUCUGCUGUGCUUUGUGCGGUGUCAUUAAGUACACCCCUCCAGUGAAAAGGAAGCUGGCCCGUCGCAGGGUUCCCAAAGUAAGCAGAGUCUGUGUGAAGGAGCAGGACGACCAGGUGUCUGGUAACUCCGAGCAUAAGCCCAGAAAGCUGGUCAUCUGGUUGAGGAGGUAUCCUAAGGUGAAGCUGUGUGACAUAGCGCGAGUAUUUGAGAUUUCACGUCACUUUUCCUGCUCUCUCCCUCCGGCCCUUUUCACCUUCAGGCAGAGGAGCGGUGUGCACUGCUUCAAGAGGCAAAUCUUAGCGCUAAUGUGCCAGGAGCUCCUUGGAGAUGGGAACGCCAGCACAAGCAGUGUCUGCCAGUCACAGGACGACAAUCCCAGCGUGUUCAGCUGCGGCUCAGGGUCAGGGCCGAAUGAUAGACCAAGCACUAACACAGAACAGGAGGAUAUAAAAAAAAAGAGAAAGAGACAAAUCACUGAUGAGGUGUUUCACAUAACUAACAACGACGAAGACCAUUUUCUUUUACCAUGCGAGGUCGAUACUUGCCAAAGGGCACGGGUAUUUGUCCGGAGAAAUCGCUACCUUUGCUCGCGCACGUACAUCACCUGGCCAUUUAACCGCAAUGACCCACCGCCUUGUGUGAUGUCACCACCAUGCAGAUCUUCUACAGGGGUCUCUGCAUCUCUCAGGAAACCUUGUGUAUCUUCUCCGGAAUCAAGGGAAAACAAAGAGGACAUUGAAAAUAUGGUUAGAGGGCAUGGAAGAAGUGAUCAAGUGGUUGUACCAUCUCUGCUGGAAGAGAGCGGGGUGAAAUCAUCAGCUGCCCAGGGCAAUCAGUUAACUUGCACGCCUGGAAUAUUCCACCAAACUUGCUAUGACCUCACAUUUUCCGAAUCGGCACGUAAAUUUCUAGUGUCAGAAAAGGUAGAGAGUCCGUGGCUCAAAAAAGUUACCAACAAGCCCACACCAGCUGAACAAGACUCUCUGUCUCUAGCUCAGUGCCAAGAUCCUCCCCGUAGUGAGGCAUGGAGCAUUGGAGGGAGGUUGGCUGUUGACAGUCAGUCAACCACCUCCAGUGAGGAUGACCUCUCUAUAGAGGACAAAACUGGACAUGAUGAGGUUGAGGACGAAGACACAGUCAGCAGUGAUCUUUUUAGCGAUGUGCUGGACCCCAUAGGUUCACCAUGCCAUGAAGCAUCUGCUGUUGCUGACAGCGCCGUGAAUGAGCUUCAAGUACACGAGCAGGAUGCAAUUGUGUUGGAUGUUAUAGAUGAUGACCCAGAUCUCUUUGGGUCAAUGAUGACAGAAAUCAAAGAAAAACCAGUGCAGACCCAGUUAAGUACAAAAAAAAGGGUUGUUCACUUCACAAAUCCAUCCAACAGCACCAAAGAGAAACUUUCUGACACUGACAGAUAUGUUGGAGAGCCAACUGUCAAUACAGAGGUGACAAAUAGUCUUCAGUGUGAGGAGGAGGCACCGGAUUACACCCUAACAAGAAGGGUGCCAGGCAGCAGCUGGACUCAGGUGGGAGACAUGUACAUUUGGGGACAGGAAGGUGAAGAGGAUCAGAAAUCCGGCUGGAACUCCUGGAGGAAUUUGCCUUCAAACGUAAAGCAGAACACAUGCAACACAGUUAAUUUCACACCUAUGAAGACUGGCGGUCCAUCUAGACCUGCGCCCUAUGGCCCUUACUGUAAGUAUUACUUCAGCGAGAAUCGCUCCUGUUUGAGGAUGACUCAGUGCAGUUUUCUGCACGUGCCCCGGAGUGGGGAUGAAAAGUUCUGCAUGUCCACAGUGCAGAGGUUUACAGUGUCCACCAACGCGGCGUAUGUCAAGCGAGCUGUUGACGUGUUUACAGGCUACUAUAAGAUGUGUUCUCCAGGCUUGUGUUUCAAUGUUGAGGUGGUGACCGGACUUCUGGCUUCGCUAAUCAGACUGGGCUUCCUGUCAGAGACAUUCCUUGCACUCAACUUGCUACUCAGACAUAAUAUACAGCCCCCGACUGAAUGUGUGUUGGCUGUUUUCGAGCAUUCACGUGAGAGAAAGUUUAACAACACUGUUCCCCAGCUCAUAUACUUGAUUUCCAAGGUGGUCGAGACUGGUUGUGUGCUCACGGUGGAUCAGUGUGAAAGGCUGCAGAGAUGUCUGGAGUGUUUGAACGCCCCCAAAUCCCAGAUGGAUGUGUUCGUCGCGGUCAAAUGCCGGGCGCUGGCUAACAUCCGUGGGUCCCCUGAGAUGUUUAACGUAGCACAUGCCUUUAUCGAUUUGGAGCUGUGUAAGAAGCAAGAGGACUGGAAACAGAUGGCGGCGGUGUUUGUGCGCGUGUGCGCGAGCCCCUGCACCACCAGCCACCUGCUCAAGUUCUGCGCGUCCGUUGCCACGGCGCUGCUGGUGGAGCCGUCUCAGUCGCGCAGCGCCCCCUACAGCAGCUUUGCUGAAGCAGCGGUCAGUCAGGUAUCAGAUGAAGGACUGGACCGGAACUUCUUGGGCAGAAUUGGAAUCUCCAUGCUGAUCCACUAUUAUAAGACACAGCAGUGGUGCAAGGGGCAGAGGAUUGUGGAUAUAUUGUCUCAGCAACAGCCAUGUUACUCUGUGAUGAAGGGGGUCUUUAGCAAUGAGGAUAGCACCUCGCGGUGUUGUCUCAUCACCAUGGCAACAGAACUUCACCUGCAUUGUGGCAGCAUGGAGGGAGCCCUGAAUGUGCUGAAGGAGAACAACUGGUUUGUGAGCUGCAGCAAGUGGCCGUGUGAGCGUGGGGACGUGGUGCACCGCGUGGCGGUCCAGACGCGGCUGGCCCAGUGCACCUCUAACCGGGACGCGCUGGAGGUCCUCAUGCACCUCCCCGGCCUGCAGCCUCUCGGCGAUUCGGCUGAUGUGGGUGAUUACACAGGCCUGUUCAAUUCCCUGCUGAGGUCGUGUUUGGAGCGGACUGCCUUGCUGGUUGCCGCGGAUACGCUGGACUUCAUGCUGACCAAUGGACUGCGCGCAGAGCUGUUGCUGGUCCAGAACCUCAUCUGUGACCUCGGCAAGCGCAACCGCUGGAAUCGUGCCCGAAUACUUUUCCAACGUGCCCUGAAAGUGGGGUACUACCCCUUGGUGAACGUGGCACCAGGUUCCCUAGUUCUGGAGUUGCCGAGCUCUCUGAACGAGGUGGAGAUGGCCGUAUGUCUCGAGAUGUUCAUCUCCCGCAACAUCCCUCACUCUCCUGAGAUCCCCAACAUCUGUCCCGCUCCGGUGGUUACCCUGAAAAGGGCUUCAAGCAACGGUUCUGUUCCCGAGAGCGAGUACUUGUCGGCUGGCUGUCGGCUGCUGUCCUCGGCCCAGCUGGCCAACCCCAAACUCAGACUGAGCUACACCACCGUCAACUCACAGCAGGAACAGGUGUACACCAUCGAGGCAGGCUCCGCCCACAACUGGCUCAGCUACAACCAUAGCUGGGCCCUCAGGCUGUGGUCUGUGUGAUCCUGCAAUCGGACAUGCAUGUACAUACUCCACCCAUCAUGCACUUCAAGAUGACAUGCUCACGUGUAUAGAAUAGAGGUUCCUUUUCUUACUGUAAGAACAAUUUUAGUUUGUUUGCUGUUUUUUUUUUAAGUGUUUUACUGAUACUAAGUAGUAUUGUUUAUUAACUGCUUGUUAAUAAUAUUUCCUUUAAAUGUGCAGUGUCUGUUAAUGAUUUUUUCCCCAUGGUUAUCUUUGUUAAACCGCUGUGUGUGUGUGUGUUUUUUUUUUUAUUAUUAUACCAACCUGUUCAGUUAUUAAGUCGGCCAGCCAUAUCUACUGGAACUGGAGCUAUGUUAAGAGCGCCAGAACGCUGGUCUGAUUAGCCCUAUUUUGUUUUCUGUGUUUGGGCCAAGUAGCUAAUAAAUAAAAAAAAAAUUCUUGGA